UAGCGCUAAAUAGUUAUAGAUAUUGUGACUUAAUAUCUCAAGUUAGAAUGGGUAGAAACCAUAGGUUAAAACAAAAGAAAAAUGCAAUUAAAGUUAAAGAAGUUAAAGGUGAAAAUAAAUCUUCUAACCAAACGAAUUUAACAAAUGUGCUAUGUAAUAAUAACAUUUUGUUUUGUAAUACAUGCAAUCAAACAAGAGACGGGAAGUUUUGUUCCGAAUGUGGAUCUAAACUAAACGAAGUGAAAAGUUCUAUUUUACCUAACAAUCCUGCUUGUCUACAUUCUGAACAGAAAGAGAACCAUAGUUUAGAAAAUAAAGGUGAUGAAAAUAAAGAUGGAGCUUCUCAUAGUAAUAUUUCAAAUUUUAAAGCAGUUGAAAAUGAAGAUCUAUUUAGUAUAACACAUCCUAACACUGUUAAUUGCGAAGGUAUUAAAACUGUAGAAGCAUUUUUUGUGGGAGUGUUGGAGCAAUCGUCUGACAAAAAAAUUGAAUCAAAUAAAAACUCGGAAAAAGCAGAGGAUCUAGCAGAAAACAAGCAUCAUGAAGAAAGUUACCACUUUGAAUCAAAUCUAUCUGAAAACAAAGGUGUUGGUAGCUCAACUGAAAACAUUGGAUAUAACGCUGAUGGCAGAGAAAAACUUGACAAUCUUUCAAUUAACUCAAAAGAAGAUGUGAUAGUUGAACUACCUGAAAACAAGUCUGAUGAUAGAAGUAACCAUGUAGUACCAGACCCAUCAGAAAUCAAGGGUAUAUGUAGCCCGGCUGAAAAUGUUGGUAAUAAUGCUGAUGAUAAAGAUAAACUUAAUAUUUACUCUAACACGAAAGAAAAAGAUAUGGAUCUACCCGAAAACAAGUCUCAUGAAAAAAAUAACCAUUUAGAAUCAAAUCCAUUAGAAAAUAAAAGUGUUAGUAGCUCAGUUGAAAAUAUUGGUAAUAACGCUGACAAUAAAGAAAAACAAUCAAAUAACUCUAAAGAAGAUGUGCAAUUAAAUGAGCCAGACAAUUUAGAUGUCCAACCUGAAUCAGUGUUUGGUAAUAAAAAAAAUGAAACUUCAGCACAAAUAUCACUUUCAUAUGGUGCACCUGGAAAACUUGAAAAUAAUUUAUCUGAUAAAAAAACACUAUUAAAAGUAUCGGAAGAAACAAAAUCUAAACAGUUAGAUGAAAUUGAUUCAACAUAUAAGCAAACCAAUGCUUUAAAAGAAAACUAUGAUAACAGUUCGUAUUCAAAUGCUCUUAAAAAAAAUGUUACUACACAACAAAACAACACUGGGAAACCACAGCAUCAGAAUAAUAAUACAAAAGCUCUGCAUAAAAAUGAUAAGUUCAUUUCUCAGGACCAGAAUACUAACACAAAUCUUGGAUAUCAGCAUCAAUACCCUGAAGAUAAAAACUCCCAAAUAAAUCAAGAGCAGGCCAAUCAAAAAGCAGAACAACUUUUUAGUGGUCAGCUGUUCAACAUUGAAGUGCCAGAUCAUAACAAGAUUAUUAUACGUUUUUAUAUUUGGACACAAAAACAAAUAGAUAACCUUUACAUAAUGUUUGGUCAUGAAGAUCUUGGUAAUUGGGAAAAACCUCUUGUUCGCAUGGAAUAUUACAGUGAUAACUCUUUUGGUUAUCUUUACCAAGGUGAUCUCAUUUGUUCAAAGGAAGUAUUUAGAAAAACAAAACCUGUAGAGUAUAAAUAUUUUAUAACUGCUAAAAAGAAAAUUAUUUGGGAAAAUCUUGAAUAUGCUCCAUAUUCUAAUCCAUUAACAAAUCGCUUACUGGUUAUUAGUAAAGACUUCUUAGAUGUUCUUGAUAAAGAUUUAAAGUUCUUUCAAGUUGAUGACAUUUUUUUGCCACCAAAAAUAUCAGAGAAAGAAAAUCAAUCAUUAUUUAAUACUUUUAAAGGUUUGUUUUCUAAAGAUAGCUAUCCAUCUAAAGAAAUUUAUGGUACUGUUUUUAGCCAGUAUGUUUCUCUUUUGGAGAAACAAAAUUAUAGUAACAUUGAAAGUUCAAUCUUUAUAAGAAGUUUGGAAACGGGUUUUUAUGGUGCAUACUCUAUGACUAGAAAAGUUCAAAUUGGAUGGAAAAAGAUUAAUGAAAAGCAUAUCCUAACUUUGUUCACAGCUCUAGAAAAGCAGAUUUUACCAGUAAACGAACCAGAGGAGUUGUUUUUCUGUGGUUUGUCAAUUUUACUUAUCUUUUUUGAAAACCAAAAUAUGGUUGAUCUUGCACCGAUCAGUUUUAUUUCUUCACUUUUUGAAAUUUUAUCACUGGAAAAUUUUAAUUGGAAUCCCAGCAAUAUAUUGAAAAUUAUUACACAUAGAUUUCCUGAAAAUAUUCUGAGAUUUUUUCAAGAUGCUUUAAUAUCUUUGUUGAAAAGUUGGUUAAAAAAGCGUAUCUUUUCAUAUGGCAAAGCUCAUGUUUGGUGUUAUGCAUUAUUAAUAUAUCAUGUCAUCACUGGUGAGUCACAACAGAUAUUGAAAAGCAACCCAGAGAGCAUAAAUGCCUCAAAUUGUGGUUUACCAACUUUUUUUGAUAAAAAUUGCUGGUUUUAUGAGGAAACUUUAAAUAAUUUUACUAAAAUUAAAUGGAGCUUAAAGAAUGAUGUUUUACUUCAGAGAGGCAUUGCUUAUUAUAUGGGACCAAAGUAUUUUGUUGAUAUGUUAAAGACUGGAGCUUUUAGUGAACGUCUCUUGGUUAACAUGAUGACUUAUACUAUAAAGUCAAAUGGAUGUCCAAAUUUUAUGAUUUAUCAGUGUGAAAAUUUCUUAGAUGAGUUACUAAGAUUGAAUUUUUACGAAAGAAAUUUCAAUAGAGGUCAUUUAGUUGAGGCGCUUAUUAACAUGUUAGAUGUGUCAUUAGAAAAAAUAGAUAUAAAUGAUAUGAGCUGUAGUUUGUUGUCUAAAAUGCUCAAUUCUAUAAACACGUUUUACAUAAGUAUUGAUCCAUCAGAUGAAGUUAAGUCAAAACUUGAGGAAACUGCUCUUAAGUACAAGUCAAAUGUUAUAAAGAGUUUUAAAAUUAAGUUCGGUGAAAAAAAUUGCAACUGGAAUACAAUAAAAAAUUUGCAAUCACAAUUAAAGGUUAUAGCAUUGCUUGUGGAUUUAGAGAUAGCAAAAGGGGAUGAAUUUAAAGAACUUGCUAUUGAUAUUCUUAAAAAUAAAGUUAAAAGUGCUGGAAAAAAACUUUUAUUAGAAGCUUAUUGCGAAUCGGAUAUUUUAUCUUACAAUGAGUUAAUCCAAGCACCUUUUACUGAAUCAUUUUCUGCUACUAUUGAAGAAAUGUCCCAGACCAGUAAUGACUCAAGUUGGUUAUCCAAAUUAUCUUCAGGCUACUGUCCAAUGUUGAUUAAAUUCAUUACAAAGAAAUGGGAAUGUUUAAAAUCUAUUGAUGAAAAAGUGAAUUUUUGUCUAACAUGGAAACCUUUUAAAGUAUUGAUAGACCAACUAGGAAAGAAAUCCAAGUCAGAAGAAACAGCAAUUUUUAUUUGCGAAGUUGUAUCAGUAUUUCAACAUGUUUUUGAAAUUAUAAACAAUGGUAAAAUUACGAUAAAUUUUAUGAUGAAUAUAAUGAACAAGCAAGAAACUUUAUUUGAACUUCUUCAAGUAAUAAAAGUUGAUUUUUUUGAUAAUUUGAAAGCAACAUUUGAUAUACGGUUGAAGCAAUUAAAUUGCUUCUAUAGAGUUGGAAAAGUUGUGAACUACACCCUGCAACUUUGUAAAGCAGUACUUCCAACUACAGUUAAAACAGAAGUAUUAGAAGCUAGAUAUUACUCAGAACAGUCAGUUCUAACUUUUAAAGAGGUAUUUAUGGAAACUACUCAAUAUUUGAAUAAUGAUAAAGUAUCAGAUUUCCAGAAUUUGUCAAAUGUAGAGAUGUUUAUUAUCAAUGUAUGUACAUACUUCCAAAUUUCAUCGGACUGGUAUGAGCAUGCUGCUAGAAUGGCAGAUAGUAAAAUUAUGAACAGUUUUUUGUUCAAAAAAGAAGUUGAAUUAUUUGUAAAAGACAUGGUAACAAUUAAUUAUACUGAUUUGAUUGAAAGUAUUAUUUUACCGACAACUGGAAUUUUGAAAAACAUGUUUGAGGACAUAGUUUCAUGUAAAAUAUCUCCAUCAAUGAUUGUUUCAAUAUUUAAAGAAUAUGUUCAACAUUGCAAAAAGGAACUUUUUCUAUUAAAUAAGUACUUAAAGUUAAACUUUGAGAGAUCGAAGAUAGAAAGUUGUGUUGAAAAAAUUAACUGUGUAUUUUUAAUGGAAAAAUAUUCUAAUGAUGCAAGUACAAUACUAGAAGUGAGAGAAAAUCUAAAAUUAAAUGGAGACUUUACUGCUGUUGAAAACAUGAUAAAACCCAUAAGUGAAAUUGAAAACUUGGAAUCUAUUGACAACGAUUUAAAAGGUUUAGCAGAUUUCUUUGAAGAAUUUUCAACCUCCAUUUCUAAAAUAUUUAGUGCUAUAUUGUCAUGUCUACAACUUUUUUCUUGGUUAAAAGAUAAUCUAAAAGAUCCAAAAGAAGUAAAAGUUUUUGUUGAAAUCAUGUCGAUAGCUGCAGGUGAAACUGAUUAUGAAGUUGAUCGAGUAAAAUGUUUUGAAGCUUGCUGUCUUGCUUUUGGUCACAUCAUAUUUGAUCUAAACGAGGAAUCUGGAUUCAAAGACCUAUUACAGGCUUGUGAACACACUCAAAAAAUGAUUUCGAAUGAUUCUGAGAUUUUUAAAAAGCUGACUGAUACAAAUCACAAUCUUGAAUGGUUUAAAAAUGCAAAAAAAUCACAAGGAUCAGUAGCAACCAAGUCUAUAAUGGAAGCUCAAAUUGCCAAUCGUAAAGGAUAUUUUGUUAUUGGAAAUCAAAAAAGUGGUUGUGUUGAUUUUUUGGAAUUUAAUUUGGCUGAUGUUAUAAAAUUCCAAAUAAAAAAUGAGGACUUGACUGUAAAAGAUUACACUCUAGAAGAGGUUAAUGAUUUGCAAAGUCGCUUAAUGUUGUUGGGAGGGGAUAUUGGUGACAAAUCAGUAAAAGAUAAACAAAAAGAAAAAGAUUAUUUUGUCGAGGUUGUUGAAGUUGUAACAAGAUUGGGAUAUGCUUAUAUGUCUCUUUGUGAAGCUGGUGAUAUCAAGUUUAUACAAUGGGAAAAGACAUUUUAUUGUGAUAUUGAGUUUGAGCGAGAAGUUUCUAUUAAUGAUUUGAUAUUAGAAUCAGAGAAAUUAGAAAAGCGAUUUAUGUAUUGGAAGGAAAAAUUAACAACGUUUCGUCGUUUAAACCCUAUCAUAAACUAUUUUUCAGUUAAACAAUGUCUCUUUAUGCAAAAACAAUUAUUUAUGUUGAUUGAUGAUCUCAAACAUGUUGAUAGGUUACCUCCUCAGUUUUAUACACUUCUUUAUUUUUUUGCUCAUGAUGUCAAUGUAAAUAAUAUUAGAAACACUUUCAAAUUGUCUCGCAUUUUAACUAUUGAGGAUGAAUCUCAACAAUGGCAAACACCCAUUAUUCAAUCAAAUUUUGAUAAAUACACACCUGAUGAAAUCCUAGAUAUUGUCAAUACACUUCAGAAAGAAUACGAUAUAAAUGAAAAUGUUGCAUGGGCAUCUAUUAUAGAAAUUUUUCCAUAUCGUGAAGGAAAGGCUGUAGUUUGGUGUGGCAAACAAGAUUCAGAAAGUGAAAAUAUUAACGAGUUAGAGUUGAAAGCAAAAGCUCAGUUUCAGUGUUUGAAGUCAAACAAUAGCUCAAAUGCUAAAGACAAAGAUGAAAAAAAGCCAUAUUUGACAGUUGAUGAACUUGGCAGAUUUUUAAAACAUUAUAAAGACAUUACAAGUUUUCAGUUUUCAAAAAGGAUUGUUCCUCCAUAUAUAAACAAAAAUAAACCAAACCUAAUAGUAUUGUCUCAUGAUGAAAUUUUGUAUGCGGUUCUUGAGAUUUAUCUUUAUCAAGAUGGAGUCCUACCCACCUCAGAAGAAGUUCUACUUUGUGAUGAUUCUGUUUCAAUUGAAGAGAUUGAACUGUUAAUAAUGCGAGCUGUAGACAACAAAAAUGGCUUGUAUUGUUUAGUAAUAAAUGAAUACCUAAAAUAUGAAACAUGUGAAAAAAUGUAUUCCUUCUUGCAAAAGACGAUUCAAAUAGGUAGUAUGAGUCCACUUUUAGUGUUUUGCAGUAGUGAAAACCACCACAAUUCUUACCUUGUAACAGCUCUAGACCAUUUUAAACUGAAAAUACCAAAUUAUCUUAGUAGAGAUCAGAUUUGUGAAAAACUUACACAAUGUCUUCAGAACAAACUUUUAGAUCAAAAGGCUGGAAUUAUUUUAAAUCAAUCAGUAUACAAAUCACUCGUAGUGAAAUCAAUGAGAAGUGGAAUGGGGAAGUCCUUUUUUGUAGAAAAAUGCGGCUCACGACUUUCUUCUCAUUUAGAUGCUAAUUAUCAAACAAAUAUGAGUAAUAGUCAAAACAAGAACAGUGUUGUUAUUGUUUCUGUGCAUGGGACAGUGGUUAACACUGAUGCAAUAGUUGAAAGAUUACUUCAAUUUGAAGAAAGACCUAAUGCUUUUUUCCCUAGAAUAUAUCAUUUUGAUAUCACACCAAUGGUUAGAGAAGGACUGGAUUCAUUCUUAUUUAACUUAGUUGUUCUGGGAUCAUUAAAAACGAGUACGGGAAAAGUGUGGAGAAUGAAUAACAAUGAUACAUGUAUCAUUGAAAUAACCAUAAACCAUUCUGAUGAACAAUCUGACAAUGGUCCCAGAGGAAGUCAAUGCUUUAGUAUAGUUGCUAACAUGCUACCAUGUGUUACAUGCAUUUCUCCCAAUGAGGUUUUGAGUGUGCUCCAAGGUCAAGAGAUGUUUAAAAUGGUUUGGUAUGACAAUGAAGAACACAAAAAAUCCUCAAUGCAACGAGUUUGUCAGUAUUUACAAUUGUAUGAUACAAAUAGAUCCUUGUUGAAUACGUUCACUUACAAUCCAACUCAUCCUGCUGUAAAUCUUCAAAAUAGUUUAAAGAUAAUACUGAAAUAUUGUGGCGUACAAGAUCCUUGUUGGAGUGAAUUGAGAAAUUUUAUCCACUUUUUUAACACCCAACUUAUUGACUGUGAGCAAUGUGCUUUUACAAGCAUUCAUGUUGUUGAAGAUUUAAGAGGAUUUAAAAUUUUUGUUAUUAGUUUCCUGUUAGAAAUGGCACAGGAUUUCUCAACUCGCUCUAUAUCAUUAGAUGAUUACUAUGAUUCUAGUAAGCUAAUGGUUCAGCUUAAAAGAAAAUGGGAACACAGUUCUCAUCCUUACUUAUUUUUCAACCAAGACCAUGUCACAAUGACAUUCUUUGGGUUCAACAUUGAUUCAAAUGGUAACUUACUUGAUCCAGAUCGUAGGACCAUAAUAAAACAGGGUAUAAUGACAAAAGAUCUUUAUGCUGAUCUGAGUCGUCAGAUGCGAGGUACUGAAUGGGGAUGUUUGAACAUCAAUUAUAAAACAUUGUCUCGAAAAUCAAAGUUAGAUAUACUUUGUCGUGUAAUUGGUGUGGACAGUUUCGAUCCAGACCCUUCAUAUGAAUUGACUGUUGACAAUAUGAAGAAAAUUCUUGCUAUUCAUAUGAGAUUACGAUGUGUUAUUCCAGUGAUAAUGAUGGGAGAAACAGGUUGUGGUAAAACAAAAUUGAUUAAGUUUAUGUGUGCUCUUCGAGCUGGAAAAAAAGGAAUUCAAAACAUGUUACUUGUUAAGGUUCAUGGAGGUGUAACUCAUCAAGACAUACUUAUAAGAAUUGAACAAGCUAAGCGUUUGGCAAAAGAAAACUAUGAAUAUCACAAGUUAAAUACAAUUUUGUUUUUUGAUGAAGCAAACACAUCUGAUGCGAUUGGACUUAUUAAAGAAAUAAUGGUAGAUAAAAGAGCAGAUGGUAAACCCUUAGGAUUAGCUGAAUGUGGGCUUGAAAUAAUUGCUGCAUGCAAUCCUUAUAAGAAGCAUUCAGAAAAUAUGAUUAAAAAAUUGGAAUCUGCUGGUUUGGGAUAUCAUGUAAAUUCCAAGUCUACUUAUGAAAAAAUUGGUGAUAUCCCAUUGAGACAGUUGGUUUAUCGUGUACAUCCUUUACCAACUAGUAUGGUUCCACUUGUUUGGGAUUUUGGUCAGUUGGAUUCGGAGACUGAAGAAGCCUAUGCAAGACAAAUAAUUUCAAGAUUUGUAAAUGAAGGAAAGCUACCAAAUGACAAUCUGUUUUUUGAGUUGAUCGUUUGUGUACUUAAAGAAUCUCAAACAUAUAUGAGAACACAAAAGGAUGAAUGCAGUUUUGUCAGUUUGAGAGAUGUAGAAAGGGCAUUAUUAGUAACAAGUUGGUUUUACAAGAGAAUGGACCUAUUUAUAAACAUUACUGACAAUGAGUUGACUUAUUAUAACAAAAUGCAAUUGGCAAUAAUUUACUCAUUAAGCGUAUGUUAUAUUGCAAAAUUAGAAGACCGUGAUUCUUAUCGUAAAUAUAUUUCUAAGUUCUUUACUGGCCAUUUUCAAUUGAUAAAUGGUGCCCAAGAAAUUAAAGACAAAGUUGUUAGUCUCCAAAAAAAAAUUUUGAAUGAAAUAAAGCUUGAAGAUAAUAUUGCACAAAAUGAAGCUUUAUGUGAGAAUGUGUUUAUGAUGGUUAUUUGCAUUGAAUUGCGAAUCCCGCUAUUUGUUGUCGGAAAACCUGGAAGUUCAAAGUCUUUAGCAAAGUCUAUCAUUCAGGAUUGCAUGCAAGGAAACAUGUCAAAAUCUCGUCUGUUUAAAAAUUUUAAGCAGAUUUUUAUGUCUUCAUACCAAUGCAGUCCUCUUUCAACAGCUGAUGGAAUAAUAAAUACAUUCAAACAGUGUAGUCGAUUUCAGGAAGGAAAAGAUCUUGAAACUUUUACUUCUGUUGUUGUACUAGAUGAGGUUGGUCUUGCAGAAGAUUCUCCACGUAUGCCUCUUAAAGCAUUGCAUCCAUUAUUAGAAGAUGGUACUGAUGGUUCUGAAGAACUUACACUUGAUAGUUCAUCUCUUAAAAGCAAAAGAGUAGCAUUUAUUGGCAUUUCAAACUGGUCCCUUGACCCUGCAAAAAUGAAUAGAGGAAUUAUGCUAUAUAGAGGACAGCCUGAUUUAGAUGAACUAGUUGAAACUGCAAGGAAUAUCUGUUUUAAUGAUAAAUACGUUUUUGGAAUGAUUGCAUCUUUAUUUGAACCUCUAACAAAAGGAUACUUAGAAGUUUAUGAAAAGCAAAAUAAUUGCAGUAUCAUAAAAAAGUACAGAAAAGAAGAAUUUUUUGGGUUAAGAGAUUUUUACAGUUUGUUAAAGUUAGUAUUCUGCUUUGCUCGAAAACGGCAAAGUACUCCUACACAUGCAGAUAUUGAACAUGCAGUUAAAAGAAAUUUUAGUGGACUUCAGGAACUUGACACAUGGAGUAUCUUUAAAUCGUGUCUUCCAUAUGAUUUUUCUGUGUCAAAAGACACAGAGGCAGAUAUUUCUGCAUUGCGUUUAAUCUCUGAUAGUUUUGCUGAUAAAUGUCCAUGUUAUGAAUAUCGUUUAAAUUCUGAAAAGACUGAUAAAGCACACUGUUUAAGUUCUCGCUAUCUUUUGUUAAUGACAGAUGAUUAUGCUGCUUUACCAAUAAUUGAGCAGCAUUACUUGAAACCCAAUCAAAAAAGUACUGUCAUUUUUGGAAGCAGCUUUCCUAAGGACCAACAGUUUACUCAGGUUUGUCGUGAUAUAAAUAGAGUUAAGAUAUGUAUGGAGACUGGCACUAGAGUUGUGUUGUUAAACAUGGAAAAUUUAUAUGAAAGUCUUUAUGAUACAUUAAACCAGUAUUAUGUAUCACUUGGAGGAAAGAACUAUGUAGAUUUAGGCAUUGGAACUCACAGAGUUAAAUGCAGAGUGCAUGAAGAUUUUAGACUUAUAGUGAUUGCAGAUAAAGAAAAUGUGUACAACACCUUUCCUAUACCUUUGAUAAAUAGACUUGAGAAACAUUUUUUAACUGUAUUGAAUGGAAUGGAACAAUCUCAGAUAGAACUUGCUGAGAAGCUUAAAAAAUGGGCUUCAGAUUUUUCUAGCAUAAACUCACUCAUACAUGAGUUCAAACCAUCAGAUUCAUUUAUUGGAUACAGUGAAGAUAGUUGCGCUUCAAUUGUAAUAAAACUUUAUCAAAAGUAUGUUGGGAAUAGUGAGGUUGAACAUGAUAAAGAUGGUGAGGUUGAUCAUGAUAAGAUUUUCGAAGAAAGUUGUCAGGUUUUAUUAAAAUUAGCUACUCCUGAUUCUUUAUUGCGUGUUGUGAAAACAAGUUUGAGAGACCAUUUUGAAUAUUAUUGGAAUAUUUACUUUAAUGAACAGUUUCAUCAUUCUCUGGCAGCUUAUCUUAUCAAUGAACUUGAUCAUAUAGAUAGCAAGUUUAUGCAGGUUACAACAUUUUCACGACUUUUAUCUCCAACUGACAAAGAGAAUUUAAACAUUGAAUUAAAUGAUUUCAAAAUUGAGAUGAUUUCUCUUAUGCAGUUUCAAACAGAAAAAUCAUUCAGAGAUUGUCUGAGAGUUGUGUGCAAUGCUGAAAGUAAUAAGAAACAGCUUCUUAUUAUUCAAGCAAAUAAUGCUCAGGAGAGGAGCAAAUUAAUUGCAUGUGCACAAUACAUUUGUAAAGAGUCACAAAAACAGUUUAGAUUAAAGAAAAUAUCUGUUUUAUUUAUCCUGCAGUUGAACUAUAAAGCUAAACGCCUAGACUUAUUGAGCUCAUUGUCAUUUUGGGAAUGCUGCCAUAUUGAUGAGUUACGCAGCUCAAACUUGCCUUAUCUUAUAAAAUAUUAUGGAAAAUCUUUAAAAGAAAUAAUUAGCCUUGAUGAUCUAAAACCAAAAAUGGUUCAACUAAUACUAGGAUGCGUACAAAUGACUAUUCGACGCCUAAGUGAAAUGAAGCAAAUGACAAUUGAAGAAAUAUCACAACGAAUUGAUAUUAUAACAAAUCUUUUAACAAGUAAACCUGAUGAUAUUCGAUAUAUGUUUAUAACAACUGUAUUGCGGCUGUUAGAAGCUGGCUUAGCUGCAGAAGAAAGCAAAUGGCAUCCUGAUUAUGUUACAAAUUGGAUUCAAAAUGAAGCAAUAGAACAAAAGUAUCAACCAUCAUAUGGAACAUUUAGACAUGCAUUAUUCUGUUAUAUGGAAGAUCGUAUUGUGCCUGUUCUCACGUCCAUUGUUUCUAGUAUUGACAGAUUUCGUAAUCUUGAAAUUCUUCACAAUGAACCAGAAUAUACAAAGCUCUGGCUGGAAUUAUUUUCUAAGUUUACUGUUAUCUCUAACAAUGCACCCAAUAAGUUAUUGGAUCCAUAUUUUAGUUGCAAGUUUCCAUUUUCAGAUAGAAUUUUUAAAGAAAUUGAUGAUGCAUUACAAAAUUGUUUACAACCAGAUGCAACACAUGAAACACAUGAAUAUAAACAUAUAUAUGACACAAUUGAAUCAUUACCGAUGGCAAGUCUGAUUAUGGGGUCAACAACUAUGGAAGUCGAUAGUUAUUUGUUUGACAUACUACGAAUAAAGUAUCCUGAUCAUUUGCAAAGUUCUGAGCAAGGCCUACACUCUUACAAAAUCUUGGCAUAUGGUUUGAUUUCUUUUACUAAUUCUGUAGUUAUUUCAAGAAAUAAAUACUUUGAUGCUUGUGGUAUAAAACUAAAUGAUAUAAUUAAUAACACUAACUGUGAUAUAGUCUCUAUACACAUUGCUUUGAACACUAAAAUAUUUGAAGAAAGACUCAAAAGUAUUUCUUUGAUGCUUAUCCUUCAACCAAAAUUAAAAGAAGCUAAAUUAGGUCAAGAAUCCGAAAUAGAUAUAGAUGUUCAUUUAAUGAAUCAUUUUCUAUCUCAUCUUGCUUCUAAAUGCUUCUCGCCUGGUGUCAUUGAGGAAAUUAGAAAAACAAAAGUGUUGAUCAAUUGUGUUUUUGAUUCUGUUAUCAAAAGUAAAUGCAAUAAUGCAACAAAAGAAAUGGUGAAAAAAUUACAAAUUCGUUGGUGCAGUUUUAGAAUCUGUCAAAAGUUUUCAGAUGUUGUGUUUCAAGCCUCUACAAGUUUUUGUAAUCAUCAAAUUGAUUUGUUAACCUCACUGUGGAAGAAGUUGGAAACUCUUCCAAAUGAUAUGCUGACCUGUGAAUCAUGGUAUAUAGUUGAAGAAUUUUUAAAAGAAUCUCUUACAAUCGAUUAUUCUAACAUUAGCGAAGAUUGCUCUGUUAAUAAUUGCAAUGAGGCAUGUAAUACUGACUUUAAUGAUAGAGAUAUAUAUAAAGAAAGUUUAGAAAGAAGACAUACGGUUUUUGAAAAAGAAGAAUUCAAGAAGCGAUGCAUUUCAUUUUAUGCUGAAGUUGUUGCUGAGUUUUGCUUUUCAAGAAAAGAUUUUGAUAGAGUGGAUACAAAUGUCAUUGAAAAUAUUCUGAAUUAUGUUUUUUCUUCUGAAACCACUAAAGUAUUUUCACCAAUACCAGAUUAUGCACUUGAUCCAACUCCUGUUAUUCGUUCAUUUUUACUCCAACAACUUCUUCAAAGGAGUUACAAUGAGGUCCAAAAAUAUCUCAGUCACCAUUUAGCAAUGUUAUUUUCACAUACAGAUCAAAGUCAGCUUCUUGAAGUUGCAAAACUUUUUAUAUAUUGCAUGGAGGAUAAAAAAGAAUUGGAUUUUUCUACGUUAAUAAAAGAGACUGUUAUUAACUCGGCUCUACUUGAAUAUGUAUCAGAUGAAUUGGUUACUGGAUAUAAUUUUGCUCAGUUAAUCAAACCUGGAGAAUCUUUAACAGAAGUCUUAUUACUUGAACGUGUUGCGGCAUUGCGAAUAUCUUUGACAGUAUCAGCUCAAGUAUUGUGUACCUGGUUUCUUGGAGAAACUUUUAACGAAACAAAAAUUAAAAAAAAUUUUGAUAGCUUUUUGGCCUUGCUAACAAAAUUUAUUCUUAAGUAUAAAGACAGUCAACCGUAUUUUUAUUUCUUGAAGCAAAUUGUUCGAAGUUAUGGUAUUCAAGGUUUGAAAGAGAUUGUAAUAAAGCCUGAAGUUGAUUGGCUUCUUAAUCAAGAUGAAAGCGUUAACAAUAUGACAAGUUAUGACAAGUUUUUGGUAUAUGGGGAUCAUUAUAAAAAAAUUCGUGAUCGUUUAGUUAUUUGUAUUUUAGAAGAUAACUUGCUUGGUAUAACUCAACUGGAAGAAGAUGAUGAGAAUAAAACAAAUAUUUUUCUUCAAUUAUCAUUGUUCAAAGGAUUAUCCAAUCUUCCUAGCCUUGCAAUUCUCAAAGAUAAAAUAAGAAUACAGACAUGUUUAUCUGCCAUAAGAAGCUUUUCAACUUUGGAAUCAUAUUCUUCAAUUUUAUAUCAUUUCUGGGUUGUAAUAAAUUCUGGAAAUCCUUCUGCACGUCUUUUUUUGUUGCUGGCCACGCACCCACAACAAGUUUAUAGAUGGUUUCUUCCAGCAAUGCCACAUGAUAACUUAUCAGAUGUUUUUGGCUUAAAUCGUAGUGAUAACAGCAAUUCCUUUCUAUUUUAUGCAUGUCCUCGUGGUCAUCCAUAUGUGAUAACAAAUUGUGGUCGACCUAAUCAAACAUAUGUGUGUCCUGUUUCAAGUUGUCGAUUACCAAUCGGAGGAGAAGGUCAUACACUGCUUCCAACAAAUCAAAUUGUUUCUAAUAGAGUUGAUGCUACAAAACCUGGUCAUUGUUUGGGUCCAGCUUCAGAACGCUCAAAUUUUUCUAUUCCACAGCGUGAAUUGACACCUUUAUCAGUUACACUUCAAAAUUUAUUAGUGCAUCUUUCAUUACUUGUUGCAACAUUGACAGGUCAUGUAGAGCAUGUUGUGAAAUUGGUGCAUCCAGAAGUAAAUUCAAAUUCAAUGCAAAUGUUUCUAGUACAGCACAUUGAUAAAGAUCUUGCUCUAUUGUCUAAUAGAAUUGCAAAGAAUAAUGAUGAUACAAACUCUGCAGUUCACACAUUUUUAAAACACCUGCUAUUAAAUGAUGAACCAGACAACAUAAUGAUGGUUGAUUUAACAAGUGCGCAAAUCAGAAAUCAAUAUGAAAAUGCUUUUGAUCGAAAAUUUAUUCAACCUUUUUUCAAUUCAUUGGAUAAAGAGCUUUUACAAUUUAAUAAAUUUUUGAUGGCAGACCGUUGUAUAAAUGACUCUCCAUUGAUGAGGAAAAUAUUUGAACUAGAUGCAGAACUAGAUUUGUCAAAUGUUACAGUAAUGAGUCCGCAACUUUGGCUUUACAGACAAUCAGUAUCGGUUGAAAGUCUAAAAGUUGCUGUUCAACUAAAAGUAGCAGGUGGUGGUGCUAAAGACAUAUCGAUUCUUGUGAAGUUUUUAGAACAGGAAUCAGUACUUAGCAUGAUAAAAGAAUUACCACUUAUAUUAGAGCUUCAAAAAUUUUUGCAACAUGAAUUUAACUACAAACUUGACAAAAAAACUGCUGUCAAUAAAACUGUUGCAGAAUUUUUAUCAGAUAUUAAUGCAAGUAAACCAGGAAUAAGAAAAAAAGUUGAAAAACUUAUUAAAUGCUUCAUUAAAACAUGGAACCAUGCCCGUGGCCUUUUUUCAGAAAGAGAGAAAAGAUUGGAACCAAAUUUACCUUUGAUUAAACUUGACAACAAGUGUAGUUUAGCAUACUUCAUUGCUGCGCGUUCUGAUCAUGGGUUGUGUGCUUCGAUGCUUAUUGAUUUUCUUGCUUUCCAGCAAAAUGAAUUUUUAGAAGAGUGUCAUAUGAUGAACCCUGCAUAUGUUUUUCAACAUGUUCCUAUAUUACAGUUAAAAGAAACAGACAUAAUAAGUUAUGAACAAAAACACGACCUUCUUCCGUUAGUACUUUUAAACUGUGAUUACUCUCUUGGUAUUGGAAAAGCUCCAAAGAUUGAGCAUAACUUAGAAACAAUUCAAAGACGUCUUUAUGAAAAUGUUAUUUUUGGUAAAGCAUUGAUUGACAGAGAGUUAAUACCAUUCUUUUACAGAGGAGAUAUCAAAAGUUUAAACUUUCCUUUAUUGAGAAGUUCUAUUCAACAGACUGUUAUACCUUAUUCUGAACAAAAAAGAAUGCUAGAUGAAAUGAUUGAUAUAGCAGAUGUAUCUGUUGCUUUGCGAGCUGUUGAAACUGCUAUUGGUAUAAUAAUAUCUACAGGUGGUGAUUGUAACAUGUAUUUAAGAGAUUAUCUAACCAAUGUUCUUCGCAUGAAUGAACAGGAUUACAUUGUCAGCGGAAAAAUGCAUGAUUAUAUACGUUUGACUCACUUGUACUCUGUAUGGCUCAUGUUGACUGUUGAACAAGCAUAUAGAAUAUAUGCAAGUAAACAGGUUCCAUUUCAUGUAAAAGAAUUUUUUAUGAGUGAGGACCUUGAAAAGGAAGUGGUAGAAAAAAUGAAAAACACGUUGCAUCAUGUCGACAGAAAGGAAUUAAUAAAUCUAAUCACUGAGUACAUUGUUUUAGAGCUGCCAUUAAGAAAUGAAGCUGAUAUUUCUUUAACGCUAAGUGAAGCUCUGCAAUUGUAUAAAGAUAAACAAGAAACAACAAUAACAAUUUCUUUAGAGCCAAUUAGUGAUGAAUUUUUAUUAAAACAUAUUUAUCUAUUUUGGAAGAUAGUUGCUUCUCACGUAAAAGAUUUUCAUGACUAGAAUAAUUUGGACCGCAGUUUUUAAUUUUUUAGAGUUUUUUUAAUUUUGUAUUUUAUAGUUAUGUUUUAUGAAAAGCAUUAUAAUUUCUUUUUUUAAUUUUGUAAUUUUUCCUUAAUUUUUUUUUUUUUUUUUUUUAUUAUGGCAUAUAUUUUUGUUACCUUUAAAUAAUUUGUAAAAUUAAAAAACAGAUAUUUAACUUUGUGAGUAAAAUUGUUGUAAAAAUUAUAGUCAUUAAAUAACCAUUCAACGGGUGUACGAGGUGCUCACUUAGGAUAAAAUUUUUCUGUUAUUUAUAAAUUUAAAAAAAUUAGCACAUGAAGUA